UUUAUGAGGAAAAAAAGGGGUUAGCUUAAUGUGGUAUUAUCAUGUAUAACCCGACUAGACAGGUGUGAAGACCUGGCGCGUGAGUCAAAGUUAAUCAGCCGAGUGUUGGUCGAUUGCAUUACGUGUAGCUAAGAAAUUUAGAAGGGGCAAUGCUGAAGGAAGUUCUGUUAUUUUGGGAGUUCAUAUGCUGUUCCGUUCAAUGCGUGGUAGCACUAGCUUUGUGGGUGACAGUUCCCUGCUCUUUGUGAUGUAAAUAGUACGCGCUACGAGUGACUGUCGUUCAAAUUUGCUCGCACCGUGGUCAGAAGUCACGUCGCUCUAAAAAAAAAAAGUAAUAUUAUUUAAAAAAAGCACAUCACAUGGUAGUCAGAGGUCAAGAUCUAAAAAGAGUACAUUACAUCUGAUUUGCAAGUGGUGAAUGGGUGAGGAAGUAACGAUUCCUGUUUCGUGUUUUGACCAGUUUGUAGUGUUGACAUAGACUUCGCGCAUUACAACAACACGCAACAAUAAGAUGAAGAACCCGAAAGUCGUUAUCCCAAAAAUGGUAAAAAAAAUGUUCAAACGAAGGUCCGAUAUUGUUAUGCAUUGUAUAAAUUGACCCCUGAACUGCCGGAGUUUUAUGAUGAUGAUGAGUCAGGUUUCCUUGCGAGUGCAGUCUGCUGAGAUUUUCUGUCAGUACCUCGUAUUAUGUCCGAUUUAUCCAAGAUAUUUUGAAAUAUUAAUGAUUACUUACUCUAGCUCUUACGUUUUGCGAUCGCUAAUGGCAUAUAGAAAUGGUAACGUGAAAAAAAGAACAAAGAAUUCGCCAUUAGUCUCCCGUCUAUUGUCAUGUCCUUUCGUCGAUGUUUGGAGUCGAGCACGAGCAGCUAUUUUGGGAUAUGCAAAAUAAUUAGCAUAGAUCGGAAGUGAAGUGUGAUUGGUUAGUUUUAAAUAAGCUCUCGUUUAUUACUGAAAAUGACGUCAAACACAUUCUUACAACGAAUUUUCUGUCUCAAAUAUCAGUCGCUCUCUUACCAGCGGGUCACAAGAAAUCUUUGAUUCCGAAAGUGAAGAUUUAGGAAGCGAUUUUCACUGAAGGUCGCGAUCUUUUACCACAAAGUCUUAAAACACAUGGCAGUGGUAGAGAAGAUGUACAGAUCGGAGAAUUCACUAGAGGAAGUAAACCGGACCCCAACAUGUCACCUGAACAGGAGUUCAGGAGCUCAGAGUUUUGAUAUAUCAUCGAAAACCGAUGUGACUGACUUCGCGAACAUUUAUUCACCGGAGAGAAAGAACCCUGUUUUGUCGUCAACAUACAGCCACAGAAACGGAUUUUCAAAGAGUAUGGUCGAUCUUUCGUCGCGAAACGGCUUUCGAAAGAGCGUCAUGUUCGAAGAAGACCUCUUUGCCCACAAGGAGAUGUUACAACGAGCUCGGAAUCGCUUUAAAGAAUUGGAACUUAAGUAUCCUGAAAUAUUCCAAAAUUCUACUAGAACCUCUUCGCUAUCGUCAACUGGUUCGAACCAGCGAAGUAGAAGCUUUGAUCGUUCCGAGUCGCUUGAACCGAAAUCAGUGGAGCAUCAAGAAAUACAAACAUCGAAAACAGAUACAUUACAAGUGCUGCGAAGUGGAAUAAACGAUCAAAGUUCCGAUGUUGUCACUAUAUCAAGGAAAAGGCCACCUCCUCUUUCGGUCGCCAUGAAACUUCAUAACCUCGAGGAUAGUUGUGAUAGCGCGUUCGAUGAAAUCGACCGUGAGUCGGUGCAUUCGAAGACGUCCCACGAACCGACGCCGACCUCUUUUAGUAAUGGCCACUUUCUGUACCCAGGGGAGAGCGUGGAAUCUGACAAGGACAGUGGAAUAUCCACUGAUCGUGCAUGUACUCCCAAUUCAAGGUCUUCUAGACCUCUGAGAUGGGUAGAUCCGCGUUUAAGCGGCACCCAGUCUCUUCCGCAAAAGUCGAAAAGUUUGACAGCCUUGUUGUCAGAGACCAAUUCCCAGGAGUUGGCCGGCUCCGAUUCUGACAGCCACAAAAGCCGCAGUAAAGAUCGGCGUGGGAUUCUAAAAUCUGUGGCUUACAGAAAUCAGGAAAUUCAGUCUGAAAGCCUGGACAUCCCUACAACUGCUAACAGCUCAACUUACAGCCAACAGAGACAGAAUCGAAGCGGAUCUUUGCCUGGACAAAUUAGACGGGGUUCAAGCAUCUAUCGAAGGAGCAUCUUUUCAGAGAGUCGUAGUUUCAGCAGAAGUCAAGAUGAGACUGAUUCAGAUGCAGAAACAGUUUGCAGUGUACAGAGUGAAUUUCUACUGCGUCCACACAUGUCAGCCCGUGAAAGAUAUUUCAGCACAUACCAGCUUAAUCCAAUAUCAGAGACUGAUACUAGGGACAUAAUGGUUCAAAAAUGGAGAAGCAUGCCUGAACUUGGUAGAAGCGAUAGUCUUGGUAGUGUUAUUACGCAAUCUUUGUAUGGCGACUCUCUACCUGCUGGUUUUGAUGAAAACAGGAAGAAGAAAAGGAAGUUUGGUCGCCGAUCUGGUCUUUAUGUGGUAAAUGAUGUGCCUGUUGGUGAGAAACCAAGGUUAUCUUUUGAUAAGGGUAAAAGCAAAAGCAAAAGCAAAAGUGGAAGUAUAUUUCACAAGAAGAAGUCCAAAAAAGAAUCUAUACAUGUGAAUGAGUUGACCAAGAAAUGGUUUGACUGCCGAACUGCAGUAAGCCGGCCAACAGGGGGCCAAAGUUUGGGGAGAAUCAUUGCCAUGCGUGAAGAUCUUGGAAGUGCUUAUGUUUUGGAAUUGCAGAGGAGCCCUGGUGGGCUGUUUGGAUUUUUCAUUCAGAAGGGUUUUCAGCAGUAUAAGAAAGGAGUGUUUGUAAGUCGUAUUAUGGAUUGCUCCUCUUCAAAGUUCAUGGCCGGCCUUCUAAAUCCAGGAGAUGAGAUUCUUGAAAUCAAUGGAGACAGCACUGCAAGUAAGACCAUGUCAGAAGUGCACAACAUCCUAGCAAACUCAAACAAGCUUGUUUUGACUGUGUUGCCAUUCCUUGGCCGAAAAGAUUGGUAACCAAGCCUUGCUGAAAUAAUGUUACUUAUUUUAUAAAUCCAAAAUAAAUGUGUCAAUUUAUGUUAGGUGUUUUAAAUUAUUUUAUUUUUGUGCUUGUACAGCUGUAAAUAUGUCAGGCAAUAUGAAAACAGGCAUGUUAUCGAAUAUUGAACAGGGUGUGACAUUUUUCAUUUUAGACGUCCUGGAGACAUGCACUUCUCUGAAGAGGUUGAAUUCAAAUGUUGUUAUAAAUGUAAUUUAUUUCACUUCAAUUUUCUUAAAAUUAAGUUUAAAUUAAAAAUUACAAGUUUUUAAGACCAUAAAAUUGUGGUUUGUCAGUGCUAUCUUCAAAACUGCUGUUAAGCUGGAUAGCUUUUAUAAAGUAAAACAAUUUUCAAGUACACUUUUUGUCAGUAAUGGCACUUGAAUUUGAAAAGGCAAUAAAAUAUUGCUCUUGAUUUUAGGUGUAAAGGGGAGUUACUUGCUCCUCCUCUGUACAUCAGUGUACAAACAAAGUAAGACUUUUUGAGCAAGUUAAUGUAUUUAUUAGCCAGUUCUGUCUAAUAGGCUGGCUUAUUCAUCGUCUUUUACUAGGCAUCAAUUAGCGUUGUUGUGGUAUCUCACGGUGAAGUGUUGCAUGACAACCCAAAUGAGACCUGUGAAAGAGACUAGUUUUCACAGUGACUGUAAAUAAAACAGCAAAGAUCA